UUGACUUAUUGCUUAUUAUUUGUUUAUUUUAUUGUUGGUUUUAAGGGAAGCACAAUUAAACACAUUCCUAUGUGAUUAGGCAUCUAAUUGUAAGAUUCAUUCUCUGAAGCAUGACCUCAUAGGGUUCAAUUUCCUCUGUAAGUUUAGGCUACCUUGUACACAAACUUCCUGAGGAUACGAUAAGGAAAAUUGAUAAAAGAUUAUCAUUGAUUUUACUCAUUUCAUUUAUUUUCAAUAAUCAUUUCAAGUAAUGAUGAUUGUUUUACAUACAUUAAAAAAAAUGUGAGGAUAAGGUAAUUAUUCUAAUUUCUAUUCACGUCACAAUAAGAUAACAAAAUUAUAGAGAAAUACGUCAGUGAGCAAAAAUUUUGACAUGAGCUGACCUUAAAUCUAUAUUAUGUAGUACAACAUAUUAUUUAUUUUCUUUAGUCCUGUAGUACAAUAUAUACAAUUUCGUAUUUUUUUUAUAAAAAUAUUUCCAAGUUAACUAUCUCUCUAAAUGCGUCGCUCAAUCAGAGAUAGUGUGGAUUAGAAAAUCUCAUGUUUAUCAAUGUAACUCGCCCCGCGGCUCGGAAUCGGGCGGAAAAAUCGGUCUACGGGUGAUCGAGGCGGGGGGUAUUCCUCCGUUAUCUCGAGCACGGCUGAUCGCGGACUUCUCGCGGGCGGAACGACGGAAACCUCGCGCAGAAGCAAUGGAUCGAGGCACGUUCCGACGAUGCGCGGUCCGCUAUCGCACGAAGGACGUCGUAUAUACGUACGUAGGUGGGUGCUCGCUCCGUGUCGCGCGAUCGGAUUUAGUUAAUGUCCAGCGCUCCGCGAAGUCGAACGUCGCAGCUGCCCCGCGACUCAAGCCAUGACAGACUUAGAGCUCGCCUGACGCGGUCCUACGAAAAUUUCAAUUCCAUUCACUGAAACUUGCGUUUCGCAAUUAAUCGUACCCACCGAAUUAACCGUGACCCAGGGACCACUGGUCGAUAACGGAACCGGGGUGAAGGUAAAUCUCACGGACAUCGGCCACUUCCAUACGGAAACGGAACCGUGCGCGAGCUGAAUUAUGCGACUGUCCUUCGACGCUUGAGAAGACGAAUUGAAACUCGGGUUUUGAUCGAUGAUCGUUGCCCUCCGGAGUCGAAUUUAUUUUUGUAUCUUGUCAGGGAAGCUUUUUACUAGAAUUUGUGUACUGUCAUUCACGAGAUAUUUAUUUACUAUUUUCUAAUAAUAUAUUCCGGUGAAUGAAACAAUAAAGCCGGUGUGAAACCAUUGGUGAAGUCCACGUGGACUUGACCGCACGAGGGAUAGUUCGACUCGGUGGUGUAUUUAUGAGACACGUUCAAGAGAAAUUGGGAGACCCGCCGUCUCUCAUCGAUCGCUGGAUCAGCGAGAUCGUCCCCUCCCGCUGAACAGAGCCGGCGGCUGCGGCACGGAGGGACGUCCGAGACAAAUAUUGAAAAGUAAACAGAAAGAGAUUGAAGUAUCUGCGGCGAAUAUCGAUCUGCGGAAAAUCGUUACGCCACUGGUCUUCUUUUGCCGAGGAUCAUGGAACAGGGACGGGAGACGAAAAUGGUGAAGAGCGCGUCGGACUACGCGAAGGCCGUGGAAAGCGGUGCGGAAUCGAGUCAGGUAUCGGAAACGAAGGUGUAUAAACGAAGAUGGUUGAUCCUGAUACUAUUCGUGCUGUACAGCGCGAGCAACGCGAUGCAAUGGAUCCAAUACAGCAUCAUAUCGAACAUCGUGAUGUCGUAUUACAACGUCUCAAGCCUGUUGGUGGACAUGACCAGCAUGAUAUACAUGAUAACUUACAUUCCGUUCAUCUUCCCGGCUAGCUAUCUUCUCGACAGAUUCGGACUGAGGUUCGCCGCACUGGCCGGCGCGAUCGGCACGACGCUCGGUUCCUGGAUAAAAGUGGCCAGCGUCAGUCCGGAUCGAUUCUGGAUCACUUUCAUCGGUCAAGCAUCCGUCGCCGUGAGUCAAACGUUCGUCUUAUCAGUGCCAGCCCGUUUAGCGGCUGUUUGGUUCGGCCCGGAUCAAGUCAGCAGUGCUUGCAGCAUCGGCGUUUUUGGGAAUCAGUUAGGAAUAGCCAUCGGUUUCCUGUUUCCACCGAUGCUGGUACAGAACAGCGAAGACAUGAACAUUGUUGGUCGAGGACUGCAAGUGAUGUUUUACAUAGUGGCCACUUUCACCACGAUCAUCCUCGUUCUCAUCGCCUUGUGUACGUACGAUAAUAGCAGACCCGAUAUCAAAGGAUUAAUU